AUGGCAAACUUGAUCUCGCCGUGGGCCGUUGCAUUCGUAGUCUGCAAUUUCAAUACCGAUUUGGGACCCGAAGUGGAGUUUCAAUAUCCUCCAAGUGUCCCGUUUUCGACAGCCGAUUUGACCGCAAUAUGCUUCAACAGUUUCCCAGAGCAGCAGAAUUCCGAAACCGCAGUUGACAUCUCCUUCGAUUUCGCCAUCACCAACAACUCGCCCGACCUUCAGUUGGACUCGCCUCAGACUCCCCAUGGAAGCUUGUAUGGAUGCUGCAUCUUCCGCCAACAGUUCGAUAAUACCAUGAAGAGAAGUUUCAACCAAAGGACCCUGGUGCUCAUAUCCCACCAAAGAUUCCAAUCCUUCUACCAUCGCCUUCUCCAGCACAUGACCAAGUCGGGUCCCAUUAGCAACCCCGCCACCGUAGAAGCCGCAUACUCGCAGAUUGCCUCAUGGCCUCCACCAGCCCCGGGUAGACAUGACCUUCCGUUUCUGGGAUCAGUGAUUACGUUGGACAUCGCUCCCCAUCACGCAUUUCCACUCCAAGGACUUCCAGGCUCAGCGCCGCGCAUUUCAGAGAAGCCCUUGUCACUCUACGCGUACGAGCCCUUUGGCUCCUGGGACACCAUCAUGCCUUUCUUUCCAUGUAUAACGGACCUCUAUGUACUAUACGAGAAGCUACUCCUGUGUGAAAGCAUUGUCGUCAUAGCCCAAUCUCCGCAGCUAUGCAGUGAGGCCAUUUCGUCCUUGCUCGACUUGAUACGCCCGGUCCCCUACGCUGGCGAGGUCAGGCCCUACAUGACCAUGCAGUCAGACUUCCGCUGCAUAGGGAUAGAUGGAGGCACUCCUAGACCCUACAUUCUCGGCAUCACGAACCCCUUCCUCCUGAAACGGGUGCUCUCAGCGACCGCAGACAAGAAACGAGCAAGACCACACAUUUUGUACCUGCAGAACUACGACGGCCCCGUCCCCGCCAAAAGGCACCACUCCCUGCACCGCAAAUCCAGCCGCAACGCGCUCCUCGACCUCCCCGGAGGCGGCAUCGACGCCCAACCCCCCUCGAAACGAUUCCUAAAAUCAGACGCUUCCUUUGUCGAUCGAAUCGACCUGAUGCUCAGGCUGGACGACGCUCAUCAAGCCCGUCAACUGGAUCCCCUCAUCCGCCGCUACUUCGCCGAACUCACGGCCCAGUUCCUCGCCCCUCUCACGCGCUUCAUGGCCACUUCCGUCUCCCCGGACAUUGAUGCCUCCAAGAGAUGGACGAGCUACACCAGCUUCUCAGCGAGCGACUUUCUGCGGGAUAUGGCCAAGAAUGGCACCGCUGUCAAGUUCCGGGGUCAGGGUCCGAUCCAGCGACAUCGGUACAGGCAAGGGUUGUAUGAGAGUUUUUGCGAGUCGCCCAAUUUCUACUCGUGGUUGAACAUGAAGACUACACUGGAAAAGGAGGCGAGUGCGGGAUUGCUGGGGGCCACGGCUGGCAGUUCGUCUGGGAAGCCUGGUUGA